AUGAAGGGACAAAGGGCACUGACAGCGAUUUCUUUUCUCUACCUGGGCUUUGCCUCAGCGAAGUCGGUGAGCGCAACCUCAGUUUUACAUCCAGGGCGCGUUACGUCAGGAGAGCAGGCUGGCGGCUCGCAAAGGCUGUUAUCUCCUAAACAUGCCGUCUCUUCUAAGGUUGGAAACGAAUGUUCAUCCAACGCAGGAAUUGAAAUCGAUCUUGAACCUGACCAGACAGAAGCAGUUUUCAAGUGUGGUGGGAGCCACACCACGCUCGAUCCUGACCAACUCGAAGCAGAAGAGGUUUACCUGACUGACGAGUGCGAUGUGCCGACCGACCUACAAGAGGCCGUGCCUGGUGCCACAUGGGAUGACUCGGAGAAAGAGAGUAAUACCUAUAAGCUCAUAUUUCCGGAACAUCGCAUGGAAGACUACAAAGUUUAUUAUCAAUGCACACCCGCAUCUGACGCUUUCGUGAGAGCCCCAGGAUUGGAAGUCGAAGGCAUCCGCGGACAGAAACGAAAGUCAGAAAUCCAACAGAUCUCCGGCGUGGGAGAGGCUUGUAAAGUGACUAUCACGGCAAAGAAAGAGCCCCUGGCGGAAGACCCCGGUCUCGAGAAAACGUGCUCAAAACCCUACGGUGCAGUCGUCAUCACGCUUGGCUCACAGGAUACCGAUGCUGUAUUCAAGUGCGGCGAGCAACUGACUACCCUCGAGCCGGCGCAGGACUCAACUCCAAAAUUCUGUAAAUCGUCGGGCUGCGAGGAAACUGAGGAACUUGAGACUAUUUCGGAGGCAUACUGGGAUGAAAGAAAAAAAGAUCAGCACAUCUACAGAGUGGUCUUUCCCGCCGAGGGUAGACAGUCCAGUAGGCUGUGGUAUAAGUGCAAAAACCAAAGCCCUGGAAAAUCAUGGGGUGGAGUGCGUAGUGGCCACAUUAAGAAAGCUAGGAGCGACAUGAACGAGGAACCAAGCGGAGCGUGCACAGUACUGAUCGAUGUGCAAUCAUCCACAGGUGAUGAUGUUCACGACGAAGAAUUGGAGGAGUGCACACCAGGCACCGAGAACCAGGUCACGCUUUCUCCAGACCAGCCUGUUAACUUCUGGUGCGCGAGGGGUACGGCUCUCGUACCUCCCUUCUCGCGGGAGAACCAGAAAGUCUACGACGAUUCCGAUGGGUCGUGCAGUGUACCGGCUUCCCUGACCUCGUUGGUAGAUGCCGUACUCCAGGAAGAGCAAACGCCUGGAUUUAACACAAAGUAUACUAUGGAGUUGACGGCAGUCCCGACCUCGACGAAAAAGCUCUGCCUUCAAUGUUAUCAAUCUGAAGGUAAAACGUGCAAAGUGCGCAUCGAAGUCCCCGGCGCCGCCGCCGUCGAGACAACCACCUCUACGCCACCGGCUUCGGGAGCCGGCAGCCUGUCUGGGCUCGUGAGCUGCGUUAUCGGCUUUCUCUGCGUGGGAUUCCUGUUCUCUCCCUGA